CGGCGACCAGCUUAUCGACCCAAUUGAACCGCCAAAGCCUCUGCCGCCGUCAAUAAACACGUUGGCAAGCAUGUCGGCCUUUCCGACCGCAGUGCGGUCAACGCAGAAGCUCGCCCAGAGCGUAAUUCGACGACAGCCGCUCUCAGACGUUGCCAUCACGCGAACCGGAAAGCCAAUCAUCCGAACCCAAGGUGGAAGGUCAUCGAUUGGAGGCCACACUGCUACUGUCUUCGGUGCAACCGGCCAGGUGGGACGCUAUAUUGUCAACAGACUAGCCCGGCAAGGAUGUACUGUCGUGGUCCCUUACAGGGAGGAGAUGGCCAAGCGCCAUCUCAAGCUUACUGGUGAUCUUGGGCGUGUGAUCUUCAUGGAGUACGACCUCCGCAACACUGCUUCGAUCGAGGAGAGCGUGAGGCAUUCGGAUGUCGUCUACAACCUUGUUGGGAGGAAUUACCCCACCAAGAACUUUUCUCUCGAAGACGUUCACGUCGAGGGCGCAGAGAGGAUUGCCGAAGCUGUGGCCAAGUACGAUGUUGACAGGUUCAUUCACGUCUCUUCACACAACGCCAACCUUGAUUCACCCUCGGAAUUUUUCAGGACCAAGGCUCGUGGCGAGCAAGUCGUCCGCAGCAUUUUCCCUGAGACGACAAUCGUCCGUCCAGCACCUGUCUUUGGUUUUGAGGACAACCUUCUCCUGAAGCUCGCCAGCGUUGUCAACCUGUUUACCGCGAACCACAUGCAGCAGAAGUUCAACCCCGUCCACUCUAUCGAUGUGGGUGAGGCUCUUGAGAAGAUGCUUUACGAUGACAGCACCGCCGGCCAGACCUUUGAGCUGUAUGGCCCCAAGAACUACUCGAUGUCUGAGAUCGCAGAGCUGGUCGACCGAGAAAUUUUCAAGAAGCGGAGGCACAUCAACGUCCCCAAGGCGGUCCUUAAGCCUGUUGCCGGUCUUCUGAACCGUGUGCUCUGGUGGGACAUCAUGUCCGCCGAUGAGAUCGAGCGCGAGUUCAUCGACCAGGAGAUUGACAGGACAGCAAAGACCUUCAAGGACCUUGGUAUUGAGCCUGGUGACAUUAGCAACUUCACAUACAACUACCUGCAAGGAUUCCGGAGCGGAUCGUUCUACGAUCUGCCUCCUGCUACGGAGAAGGAGAAGAGGGAAGACAAGAAAUACAUUCACGUCACGGACGAGCUGUGAAGGGUGCUGGGAUGAGAGAUAUUUCAGCACAGGUAUCCUGGCGCAUCCUAGAGUGUACAUAUACAUAAAAUUAGCUAACCAACCAGGUGAUCUUUCUUUUUUUUUUUUGACACAA